GAACUUUGUCCAAUAGGAUUAACAAAGAAUAAGAAUUAACCAUUUGGAUUCGUUUGUACGUUUGAUUUGAUCUAUCAAUAAGUUAAUACGAAAUAUCUCAUGAAGAUUUCGAUAGUUAAUUAAUAUUGUGCACUUUGUUAUCAUUCUUCAUAAAUAAUUAACUGAGUGAUAUAACAAGACACUAAAAUGAUGGGAUCUAAAAAUGGCGAAUGCAUUUAAUUUCUAAAAACGAUAUGGAUUGUUGACAAUCCAUAUUAAUGAAAUUCGAUCUUCUAGAAUGAUAUGAUCAUUUUUACUAUAUAGAUAAAAAAAAGAUAAGAUGAAUGCAGAUUGAAAAAAAAUGAUCGCCAAAAUUAACGAGAAAAAUUAAUUUACUCUUGUAGGAAUGAAAAUCAAUAUAGUGCGACAGAGCCCUCCAUGAUAUCUCAGAAAUCUCCGCCGUUGGUGUUCUUGCUGCGGCUGGAAAAUUUCGAGGUUAUGGUCUCUGAAAUACAUUAGAAGGUGAAACUACUGGCGUUCUAUUUUUGUACGAAGGAAAAGUGUUUAUUCUUACCGAAAGUGGGUGCACGGAUUACGCAUUAUAAUGCGUCUGAAUGCGAAGAGAUCUUACAAGGUGCUAUGAAAUAGAACGAAGAUGAACAAAAAGAAGUCUCAUUCUUCUUCGAAGCAGAACUAUCAUCAAAGACAAACGUCGGUGGUGAAAGCGAGAAAAAAGCUCAAUGCUUUGUGCGACCAAGUUUUUCACAUCUACUUUAUCAGGUCACACGAGGGUGGGGAUCAACGUUUGCGAUACUUAUCGUCGGAUUAAGCAAUUUCUUGUCCAAUAACUGGGUGAGCUGCGAUCCUGCGUAUGACACACAGCUAUGGGAUUAUUAUAUGAAUAUCACACCAAGUUUAAUACUAAUUACCUACAACACUAGUUAUUUACAACCGAUGAAGACAAAGCUAUCAAAACAAUCCCGGGGGGUUGGACAAUUCAUGAGCUGGCUGAAAGAGAAUGAUGUUAACGUAGAUGGAGCAAGUAUAGUUGGAUUUACAGGAUACGACUUAGGUCUAAGGGCAGAACGUGAUUUUUUAGAGAAUGAACUUAUUUUGGAAAUACCUAGGAAACUUAUAUUUAGUACUCAAACAGCUGCCCCUGAGUUAGAAAGUUUUCAACGUGAUCCAUUGAUACAACAAAUGCCACAAGUGGCAUUAGCCAUUGCUUUGCUCGUUGAAAAGUAUAAAGAAAAUUCAAAAUGGAAAUCUUAUUUUGAUAUUCUUCCCACUAGUUAUAAUACAGUACUCUAUAUGAAUCUGCUUGAAAUGAAGGAGCUUAAAGGCAGUCUAACAUUAGAAACUGCUUUGAAACAAGUCAGAAAUAUUACACGACAAUACACUUAUUUUAAUAGAGUUUUUCAAAAUGGAAACGAUGCAGUAUCUAACUUGCUCAGGGAUUUUUUUUCUUAUGAUGAUUAUAUUUGGGCCGUUUCUACAGUAAUGACAAGACAAAAUUUAAUCCCAAGUGAAGAUGGAUCCAGUAUGAUACAUGCUUUGAUACCAAUGUGGGAUAUGUGUAAUCAUGAAGAAGGAAGGAUAACUACAGGUUUUAAUACAACUUCUGAUUGUUGCGAAUGUUAUGCCAUGAGAGAUUUUAAAAAAGGAGAACAGAUAUUCAUCAGUUAUGGUUCAAGAACUAAUUCCGAUUUUCUAGUACAUUCAGGAUUCGUUUGUCUAGAAAAUAAAAAGGAUGGCGUUAGACUACCUCUUGGUAUCAGUAAAUCAGAUCCACUUAGAAAAGAACGUAUUGAGCUUUUAGAAAAAUUAGGAUUACCGGCGACCGGUGACUUUUUAUUAAAAGCUGGCACUGAACCAAUUUCGGAUUCGCUUCUGGCAUUUCUUCGUGUCUUUAACAUGAGAAAAAUAGAACUUACCCAUUGGUUGAAAUCGGAUAAAGUUACUGAUUUAAAACACGUUGAUUGUGCUUUAGAUACCAUUGUCGAAGAAAACGUGAUGAAGUUUUUAUUAGACAGAUUAAAAUUACUAAUUGCUAAAUAUCCUUCAACAAUAGAGGAGGACUUAGAGAAACUCAAUACCAGAUUACCGAAGAUGCAACGCUUGAUCGUACAAUUGAGAGUAUCCGAAAUGAAAAUUCUAUUGAGCGCACUCGAUUAUGUAGGACAAUGGUUAAAAGUCUGAAAAAUGAGAGCCACAAAAAUGACAAAUGAGGAAAUGACUAUCUUCUACUAUUGUCAUAUGAAGAAUCUCUCUCUCUCUCUCUCUCUCUCUCUCUCUCUCUCUCUCUCUCUCUCUCUCUCUCUCUCUCUCUCUCUCUCUCUCUCUCUCUCUCUCUCUCUCUCUCUCUCUCUCUCUCUCUCUCUCUCUCUCUCUCUCUCUCUCUCUCGAAUGUAAUUUUAUUUUUACAGUUACAAGUUAUCUCUAUAAUACUUCGGGAUGAUAAAAGUCGGAUAUGAGGAAAAAAUCUUUGCAAUAUGAUAAAACUAGGAUAAGAAAACGGAGAGAAAGUGAAAACGAGAAUCAAUGUUAAAUGCAUUUAACAAAAAAAAAACAAAAAAAAAACAAAAAACAAAAACAAAAAAAAACAAAAAAAAAUAAAUAAAAGAAGAAUUAAAGCGAGAUGCUGUAUAUGUAGACGAAAAAAAAGUAAGUUUGAUUGCAAAAGUUUUAAUGCACGUAUAUAGAAUAUACCUCGACUUUUAUUUUUCAAUGAAAAACAACGAUCGCAAAACGCUAGACUAUAUUUCAUAUUGCCUUUCGUCGACAUAUGCUGUGUUCUUAUCGGAACCAUUUUUCUCAGUGGAAUAGUGAUCGAUCGAUCGAUAGAUCGUAAUGAUUUACUAACAACUAUGAGCUCGACAAGUUGCUGUAUUUAAUAAUAAGUAUAUCAAAAAAAGAAAAAAAAGUGGUUAUUAUGAAUAAGCUUUUAUUUUUUUUAAAGAGAAUACUUAAGGAAACUUAACUCUUUAUAUCAUCCAAUAUUUUAUAGCAUAGCUAUGCUACCAUAUAGAUCUGUAAUUACAAGUACAUUGUACAUUAUAAAGAUUUUUGCGAAGGUGUUAUUACGUGACUGAGUCAUAGUACCAAAAAAAAAAAGUAACAAAGAAGAAAAUACAAAAAAUAAUAAAAUCUAACAUAACAUCUUAAAUGCUUCCUAAUCAUUAAGGUUUCAUCUCUGUAUGACAAUGCAAGAGAAGUUGGAGAUAUACUUGUGCAUUACGUUAAAAUGCGUAUGCUUAUACAGAAAUUAUACAUCUCUAUACAAUGUUUUAGAUGUUCUAUAAUGUAAAGAACGAACGGAUUGAGACAAAAAAAAAAGAAUAAUAUAACGGUAUAUUAUUUUGAGAGUACAUUAUUUAAUAAUCGAAAAUUUUUGAUGCCCACUCCUUUUUAUGCGCAAGGGUACAGACAAAUUAGAGAAGCAUCAUUAAAGCAUUUGACAUUGUGCAAGCUACCCUGUUUGAACAAUUAAUAAAAUCAAAUUCUUAUAAUAUUAUUUUUUCCGAAUAAAAUUUUAUAAAAUAAAUACAUUGCUUAUAAGCAUAUAAUUAUAAAUUUAACGUAUCAUUUUAAUAUGAUUUAUAAUAAUAAUAAUUUGUGUGCCUCUAUCAUAAAUUCGGGAACUUACUAACUCUUAACAUAGACAUUUAUAUAUUGAGUUUCAACAACAGUACGAUUUAAUUUCUAUAACGUAAUUAUGUGUUAUAUAUUCGUAAGAGUAUAAAAUGUAUGUUUAAAAUUAUUACACAUUUGUAUUCCAAUUUUUCGUACUUCGCAGGAGCAAUUAGUAGCGAUUCACAGCCAAAGUACUUGUCCACACUGUUGUACCGACGUGUAAUCUGCUGCUUGCUUUAAAAGUAAUUAUUGUUAUUUAAUUAAACUAACAUUUCGACCGCCCGUAUAACAAAUAGGCGCUUCGCAUAGG